AUUGAUUUAGUAAUUAAGUUUUGUCAGCAUGUUACAUAUUUUAGUUUAAGAAUGUUUUUUUUGGUCUUAAGGUUUAAAAUUUGAUGAAAUCAAGUAUGAUGAUUGAAAAAAUUGUCUCCUAAUUUGUAGCUAUUUUGGGCAUAUUUUUUCUUGAUAUGUUACAUGUUGUUUUUUAAUUUUGGUUAAAAUUUAGGAUAAUAAUUUUCAAUCAUAUAAAUAAAAUUAUAUAAUCAUUGAUGAUUAUUAUAUAAUCAUCAAGUAAAUUACCUUCAAAACGAUGUAUUAUUACGAGAUAAUCUUGAAAAAAUCGUUAACUUAACAUGUAUUCUUGGAUAACAACUUGCAAGACGUUUAUCUUAUCUAACCACAGAAGAAAGAAAGGAGAUUGUGAUUGGUUGAUUGAUUGAUUGAUUGAUUGAUUGAUUGAUUGAUUGAUUGAUAUUGAUUGAUUGAUUGAUCGAUUGACUGAUUGAUUAAAUGAAUGAAUGACCGAUUGAUUGGUAGAUAACGUUGAAGAGAUGGUGAUUGAAGCGUUGAAAAGUGAACUUCUAAAAUAUGGAGAGAACACUUCAAUCAGAGGAAUUCCGAAAUUUUUCAAAUCGAAAGAUAUCUUUCUGAAAGUUCUAUGGCUCGUUUUUUUCAUCACGUGCACUGCAGUUCUGAUCUACCUUCUGAUCACGUUAUUUAAUAAAUUCUAUACCUGGCCCGUCACUACAAAGUAUGGAGAGAAGGUCGGCCAACCAUUAACCUUCCCGGACAUAACGAUAUGCAACUUGGAUCCACUGGCCGAAGGGGAGCCUGACUAUUUGAAAAUAAAUGAAUAUUUAACAUACGUAGAAAAUUACAAGCAGGACAUUUUAAAUUACCUAGAAAAUGCGAAUAUUACAGGAGAUGACUCGUCGUUCGCGGAGGUCAGAAACAUGUUUGACGAGAUUUUUUCGGUCUCCGGUUACAUCAUAAACUUGAAGAAGACUAGACCGGAAUCCAACGACUGUCCGAACUUCAUUGUCGAUUGCAGUUUCUUUGGUUACAACUGGUUUCAAACAGACGCCAUAUGCACUGCUGAAAACUUCACGAAACGCUGGAAUGCCAACUAUUACACUUGUUACACUCUGAAAACGAGUAGUCUGCUAAACAUUUCCAGCUCAAAUAAUAUUAGAGGUCUGAGUCUGAUUUUGAACCUGGGUCCUCCGAGCCUCAUACAAGUCCCUUACAAAUCCUCACUCACAAACUCACAAGCCAGGGGGGUCCAGGUGAGCGUGCACAGUCCAGGGACUUCUCCGGAUCUCAAACGGGGGUUCAACGUCGCUCCCGGCACUGAGAACAUCGUCGAAAUCGUUCAGACGGAGAGAUCGCGUCUGGACAAACCGCACAAUAGAUUGGGGUGCACAAAUGAAAGAAACAUGCUCUUUUCACCAACCGAGAAGUACACAUCUGACCUGUGCGUUGAAUACUGUAUACAAGAAUUGAUCAACAAAACGUGCGGCUGUGUGACGCACCUCCUAAGCGUUCCUGAAAAAUAUAUCAGUGAUACAGAUCUGUGCGGGAAUUUAACCAUCUACGAAUACUCGGACAAUAGAACUGAUAGGGCAGUGUUUGGCUUAUACUGUUCUCUGAAUAAUUCUGAUGAGGACAAAGCCAGCUGUUUUGAGAACUGCCUGAUGCCUUGCAUGGAAAUAAAGUACGACUCCUUCGUGACAUCAGCUUCCUGGCCACAACCAUCUGUGCAGAUCAAUUUGUUCCGUGAAUACUUUGAUAGAGACAACGACAGCUGCGUAGAAAAAAACCCAAAAGUGAAAGAGAGAUACAUCAACUACCUGAAGUUCAUGAGUGAGGAUAGAACUGAAGACGUCCCACUCUCAAGUUUGACGCAGAUCCAGGAAUCUUUACUGGCGAUAAAGUUUGUAAUGAAGCAAAACUUCCCUUACUACCAAUCUGAGAAUCCUGCAUACACGUGGGACGUGAUGAUUGGGACUGUUGGUGGGAUGUUAUCCCUGUGGCUGGGAAUCACUGCAGCAAGUGGGGUGGAAAUUAUCGAGUUGGUCUACCUACUCUUUAAAUGUUGCUGGAAUAAUAAAAAAUCUAGCACCGACUUUAAUACAAAUAAUAAUAAAGUUAAUAACCAACAAAGCUCCAAUGGAAUAUCAUCUGAGAAUCAUCUUCAGACUAGGAUUUAAUUUUUAACAACUAGCACUUCUCUGAUAACAGCUACAGUCUAUAAUUAUAUAGAAGUAUAGGAUAUAUUCAAUAAUAUUUAUACAUUAAGUAAUGAAUGAAUAACUUCGGUACCUUUAUUAUCAUAGACAUCAACAGUCUAAUUUAUUAUGCAUUUAUACAAAAGAAAUUAUUUCUAUGCUUAUGUAUUUAAAUUCACUUUUGAUUUUACCAUAGCAACGCUUGUACUCUAAGUGUCUAUCAAUUUUUUUUACCAAAAUUGUCCAAAUUAGCGCUUAUUUUUGAAUAAUUAAUCAAAAAAUAAUUGAUAAUUAAAUGAUUUAUGCUAAAAAUUA